UACGGCCCCGCCCUCCUCCGCGUUCCGCCGCGCGGCAGCGGCGCUCCGCAGGUAGGCGGUGGGAGCGGGGGCUCCCGGGCGCUCGUCCGGGGAGACGGGACGAGAAGGCAGCGGCUCUGCGCUACCCGUGUUAGACUCCACAGCCACGGAGACACGGCCGGGCUACACGGAGGCGACGGCUCAGGUCCGCUGGUCGCCAUGGCAGCCACCAGGAGUGUGAUGCGAGCGGUCCGAGUGUUUGAAUUUGGUGGCCCUGAAGUGCUUAAACUCCAGUCAGAUGUGUUAGUUCCUGCUCCAAAAGAAAACCAGGUAUUAAUUAAAGUCCAUGCCUGUGGGGUCAAUCCUGUUGAGACAUACAUUCGCUCUGGAACUUAUGCCAGGAAACCAGCUUUGCCCUACACUCCUGGCUCAGAUGUGGCUGGGGUGAUUGAAGGUGUUGGGGAACACGUCACUGCAUUCAAGAAAGGUGACAGAGUUUUCACCCUUGAAACGCUCUCUGGAGGAUAUGCAGAGUAUGCAGUUGCUGCAGCCAACAGAGUCUUUCCUUUGCCAGACAAACUGGACUUCAGGCAGGGAGCAGCGAUCGGAGUGCCCUACUUCACUGCCUACCGGGCCCUUUUCCAGAAAGGCUGUGCCAAAGCAGGGGAGAGCGUGCUGGUUCAUGGUGCCAGUGGCGGGGUGGGACUAGCAGCAUGUCAGAUUGCCAGAGCUUGUGGUUUGAAGGUUUUGGGCACAGCAGGGACUGAGGAGGGCAUGAAUGUGAUCCUGAGAAACGGCGCUCACCAAGCCUUUAAUCACAGAGACCCGAAUUACACAGAGAAAAUUAAGGCAUGCACAGGGCCGGGAGGAGUGGAUAUCAUCAUAGAAAUGCUCUCCAAUGUCAACCUGGAUGCGGACUUGCAGCUGCUGUCCCGUGCAGGGAGGGUGAUGGUUGUGGGCUGCAGGGGACGCAUCGAGAUCAACCCAAGAGACACAAUGAGCAAGGAGUCCAGCAUAAUUGGAGUGAGUCUGUUUCUUGCAACUGAGGAGGAAAGGCGUGAAUGUGCCACAGCAGUCCUUGAUGGCAUAGAAGCUGGCUGGCUGAAACCAGUUGUGGGCUUGGAAUAUCCCCUGGAGAAAGUGGCCAAGGCUCAUGAAGACAUUAUUUGUAGCAGUGGUGCCCGAGGGAAGAUGGUGCUCCUUCUGUAAAGGAGCACCCUUUUCCAUUUAUUUUGUAGUUGUUCUAACUGCACCUUUUCUUACAUGGUUCACUGAAUGUAUGUUAUAAACAUACCUUUGAUCAUGUUUGACAGUAGCAGAAAAUGCUCACUUAGAUGAAUUAGUUAACAUUUUCUUUUUGUAAUAAGCAGAGUUGCAUUUACUGUAAUGUAAUUUUGGUAGCUUUUUUGAUUGAUGUGGCAAUAAUAAAUUUUCUCUGCUGGCGUACUUUGUGCUGCAGGGAAUGGUAGGGUUUGGUAUCAUGAAACAUGUGAAGGCCACUGUAGGUAACAGAAUGAAGAUGCUUUUGACAGAUGCACAAAAGUAAAUAACUCACUAUGUGUGUUAAUUAGAACUGUAAAUUCUUUUAGCCACAAAAUAUGUACUCAAAUUUUGUACUCAAAUUUUGUCACGUAAUUUACUUGAAAUUAAAGCUUUUACUGACAAAAUAGUUUACUUUCCAGCUCAAAAGAUGGGCAGAAUCUCUCAAACGUGAACUGUUUGGAGCCGAGACAGUUGUACUUGUCUGUGCCUCUGAGGCUGGGUGACAGCAUCCUGGCCCAUCCAGAGGGACUGUCACUCUGGAGCUGCAUGCUGGGAUUUGCCUCUUUGGAAAUGACGAUCAUGACCAAAGCAGCUCAUUUCUGGAUGGUGAAUAAUGGCUGAUUGUGAAGAUUUCAGUUCUUCCUAUGAAGUCUCCUGGAUCCCUGGCUGCCCUGAGAGCGGAGGGGAGAGUGGAGGCUGCAUGGCUUUGUGGCAGGAGAGUUCCUGUGAAAUUCCUGAAAUUCCAGCCACUGAAGUGGGCAGGGCACAGCCUCAGCACCAGGGCUCGUGUGCAGGUGUCUGUGUGGGGUCACUUUGCCAUGACACCGGGCUCGUUUCAUUGUGUCUUCUUCUCAUAAACCUUCAGUCCAGUGCACAACAGGUGGUGUUGCCAGGAAGAUGGGGUAGUGUUUGUAGAGUUAAUAAUUUGCAUUUCGUGUUUCAGUGAGUGGUUUCAGAAAGCUGCUUGCGGAGAGAAGGACCAGGCCAGCUCAGCUGUGGGAAUGUCUGCCAAGGUGCAGUGGGCUCCUUCCUCCCUCUGGGCUGCUGCAGGGCACUGAAGAUGGUUUCCUUGUUCCUAGCACUUCCCACAGGAGUAGGGAGCUGUGUUUUUUAUGUGAAGAUUUAAGUGAUUCACCUGGUGUAAGUGGUGUGUAGCCAGUAUCUCUGCUGAUUAUCCAUGUGAAAGGUGCUGACUGUUCCUGCUGUCUCAAGCAGAAUGUGGCCUGGGCAGUGGUGUCCAUUGGGAACGUGCUAUUCCUCUUGACAGCUGUUAGAGAAAGUAAAACAUCUCUUAAUAUCAAAGUACUAAGCCGAGGUUAAAAGUAAUGGUUAAUGA